GCACCGGCAAGGGGAUGUAGGACCAAGUGCAUCGAAUCAUCGUCCGCUUUUGCAGAGAAUACGGCAAAGCUAGGUCAGGGCGCCGCUUACGCUGUAGUUGCUCAGAGCCUUGCUGCAUGUUCGCGAGGAGCUCCGCGCAAACUCGUCUCGCUGCGGUAGGACGGCAAGCACGCCGCCCGUCCACCCCGAGCCAAAGCACGAUGGCAGCAGCUUUAGCACCAUCGUCCACCGCAAAAGUCCCCAUCCUCUCCCUGCCGCUCGUGCCGCCGGCAUCUCGCUUGACUUGCAAUCUGCUUCCCGACACCUACACCCCCCGUCCAGAUAGCUUGCUGGCCACACCUGACUCGCUGCCUACGCAGGUUAGACGCAGCAGGCGUGUCGGGAGCGGUGCACAUUUCAGCUACGUCAGUCCUCUCGUAUUGAAUUUCCCGUACGAUUUCCCCAACCCCGAUGCUACUGAUUCGCACGAGGAGGACACUGCAGAGAACUAUGCUUCGUUGUCUGAAGAGCAGCGCCACAAGCGCAAGUCAGCACGCGCCGCGGAGAAGCGCAUGCAAGUCAUAGAAAGAUUCAUGCGAAAGUAUGAGGUCGACCCUGCAUCUCUCGCCGCCGAAUCAAAGUCAGUGUCAACAACACUACAAGGGUACCUUGCACCAGCCCGUGCCGAGCUUACCUUUCCCUCUGCAAGACUUCUCGGUGUCUCGUCUGCGUCACUGCAGGACUGUCUCCCUCAACUCGAUAUUGGCGACACACUGUCCUUCAUCGCUGCGAAUUCGGGAAGAGACUCUGGGCCCGACACAUACACUUCGGGCCCCGCAGCACAGCAAGUAGCACCUGGUGCUUGCACGGCAGCCGUGCAAGCACGCGUGCAGCUGAGCGAAGUCCUCUCUGGUCGUUUGAUCGGCGCGCGUUUUCCGUCAAAAGAGCACAUCGACGAGAACGCGGGUGCGGCGGUGGAGGUGUACAGACGCGAGACAGCUAAAGAGAACGCGCAAGAGACAGAGGAAGCUGCUGGGUGUGCGGUUACAACAAUCCACGGUGGCGACGCGUCUGAGAAGCAGAAGGAAGGAGCGCCAAGUGCGGGGGGAGAAAAGGAGCUGUCUGAAGAGGACAAGCUGCGUGCCCGCCUUCAGACACUCUCGAAGCGAGUUACAGAGGAAGGGGCCUUUGCUGGCUAUGGUCCUUGGGCCAACUGCUAUGCUGGUCAUCAAUUUGGCAGUUGGGCAGGGCAGCUAGGUGACGGUCGUGCAAUUACGCUCUCAGAGAUAGAUUUUCCGUCGCAAACAGCCGGUGGAGGCGGAGUAGCAAACGGCUAUGGUGGCGGCGUACUGUCCAUGAGGCCUCGCACCGAGAUUCAACUGAAAGGCGGCGGUCGCACGCCGUACUCGCGGUUCGGUGACGGACUCGCGACGCUCGCGUCUUCCGUUCGCGAAUACCUCUGCUCGGAAGCGAUGGCAGGUCUGCGCAUCCCUACUUCCCGCGCUCUCGCCGUGCUUGCACUCCACGAUGUCACGGUCUUGCGAGAGCGGGCGAGCGUCGCGGCUGUCACGACGCGCCUCGCACCGAGCUGGCUGCGCAUCGGCAGCUUCCAGAUCCACGCUAGCCGGAGCGAUUGGGAGAGCGUCCGCAUUCUCGGCGAGUAUUUCUCUAGGGAGAUUCUCGGGCUCGAAGGGGUGGGGAAGGCGCGAGAUGCAGACAUCGAUGAGGGUGUGCAGACGGAAAGAAAACCAUGGGCGCUGCGUCUCGCCAAGGAGGUCGGCCGACGUAAUGCCGAAACGAUCGCUAGAUGGCAGGUGUACGGCUUCAUGCAUGGUGUUAUGAACACAGACAACAUCAGCUUACUCGGACUCACUAUCGACUACGGCCCUUUUGCGUUCAUGGACAUCUUUGACCCGAAUCAGAUCUGCAAUCACUCGGACAGCGAAGGGCGCUACACGUACACGAAGCAGCCCUCUAUGGGCGCCUACGCGCUCAACCACCUGACGCACUCCCUCUCACCCAUCAUUGGUUUUGAGAAGGAACACGGGCGCGCCCCGUUCCCGUUCGAGCUUCUCCGCGCCGAGUCGGCACAGCUGGUGAAGUGGUCGCAAGAGGGUGCCCGGACGUACGAAGAAGUGGAGGGGGUCUAUACCGGUACUUUGACGAGCGCGUGGAAGGCCGGUUGGCUGAAGCGCCUUGGGAUUAGCAAGGCUUUGCCAGGCGACGAGGACAAGGUCCAGCUGAUCGACCCGCUGCUUCAUCUGCUGGAGGAUCUCGAUUUCAGCGGUACCCUCAGAAAUCUGUGCUCAUUCCCGGCUAUCGCUCUCUUAAAUGGCAGCGGCGAGGAAGACUGGAAAGAGUUUGUCAAAGAAGGAAAGCUCUUUGAUCACAAACGCCUGCCCACGUGGCAACAAGAAGCGAAGGAGGAUGCUGCGGUUCAGUGGCUCAAGCUAUACGUGGAGAGGUUGAGGGCGGAAGAAGGUCAGGCUCCUGUCAUUCAAGCCAACAUGCGCAAUGUGAAUCCAUGCUUCGUCUUACGCAAUUGGGUCACGGACGAAGUCGUGCAACGCUUGGCGCGCGACAAUGACACGAGUGAGCCAGAGUGCUGUGAUAUUUUUCGGCGUUGCGUAGCAGUUUCACACCUGACCUGUGCACAAAUAUUCACAGACUUCCUAGGUCAAGUGCUCGCCAUGUGUUGCGACCCAUUCAAGGCGUGGAACGAGGAUCAUGCCCUGGAGGGCAUGUCGCAAGAAGAUGCAAAGCGCCUUUGCGACAUUGGCACACCACUGAACGGGAAUUUGCCGUCAUGUUCAUCCUGAUCAAUCCGCUGCUUUUCCGGCGCUCAAACUCCGGCCGUCCAUUACCCCAGACAGAAUCUGCACUACUUAGUCUGUUCGCCGUCAUCUCACCAUUUGGCGUA